AUGUUGGGGAACGGAAAUGCUUGGCUUUCAGAGAACUUUCGGAACUACGAGAAUCUGGAAUGCCUGCUUAUAACGGGUCGCGUAUUCGCGGAUAUUGGCGGUCUGAGGGUGGAGCGUUUCGUCAGUCUCGACUGCGCCAUGCAGCACUUACUCGCAAGUCACAUCUGCAGAUGUGUCAAGCGCAGCGGCAAAAUGAAAGCAGCAUCAGCUGAAGUAGAAGGCAAAGCCCUCGUUCUGCGCUUGUGA